AUGCUCCAGCGCGCAGCCCAUGUCGCGCUAGGCCCAGCUUGCGUCUCAGCCUGCACAGCCCAGCUUCUCCUCCUGUGUAGUCCACACCUCAUGCAAAGCCCAUCGUCGCUUGCUUCAGCUCCAGCGCGCAGCCCAGCAUCUUUUCCUGGCCCGCUCUCUCCAAGCUCGAGCCCACAUCACGCACAAGGCCUAACGCCUUCUUGCCUUAACCUUGAGCCCAGCGCAGGUGGACUCGAACCUGCCAGCCCUUCCAAGCCUUCAGCCAUACCGCCCAGGCCCUAA